AUGAACGACAACGCUUCCCAGUCAGCGUACCCACGGAAGGGAUGCCUGGCCGGUUGGAUUUUUGCUUUCGUGGUAACGCCCCUGUUGGUGGCGGGACUCGUCUUUCUCGUGGGGAUCCCUUGGCUGCGGAUCCGAAACGAGCGCGCCGCCCAGCAGUUACAUAACGUCGCCGUGGCUCUGCACAACUAUCACGACACUUAUGCAAAGUUUCCCGCGUCGCGAUACGACAGCGACGAUGGGACCCCGCGGACGUCAUGGCGAGCGAUGUUGAUCUCGCAACAGAGUAAGGAACAGGGCGUUGAUGCGUACGACUUCAACGAAGCGUGGGACAGCGAAAAGAACUUUCCUCUUUCCAAGCGGACUCCGGAGCUGUUCAAGUCACCACUGAGCGAUUGCUCUGGCGGAAAGACCCCGUUUGUUGUCGUGGUAGGUGAGCGAACGAUUUUUCCUGCGAACCGCAAUCUCAGUUUCGCGGCGACAACUGAUGGAACGGCCAACACGAUUAUGGUCGUCGCCGACUACGAGAACCCUGUCACGUGGAGCGAGCCGAUCGACUUGACGUUGGAGCAGUUUCUGGAGCGAUACAGUGGCGAGAACGCUGACACGCUGCUUCAUGUGGCGAUGAUCGACAGCAACGUGUUUGCGUUUCGCGAAAUUCCCGCCGCCGAGCUUCAGGCCAUGGUGGAACGCAACGAUGGGAUAGUCGUCGAAUUUGACGA